AUGAAGAACCCAAAGAUCACACCGUAUGUGCAGUAUAUACAAAAGUUGUGUAAGAGAUUUUGCAAGAUUGGGUUCAAACACACUCCUAGGACACAUAAUGAGUUGGAAGAUGCUAUUGCCACCAUUGCCUCAAUGAUUAAACAUCUAGAUACAAGUUAUAUUGAUCCCUUGAAUAUAGAGGUAAAAAAGCAACUUGUCCAUUCUUCACAUGUUGAAGCAAAACUAGAUGGUUUCCCUUGGUAUUUUGACAUCAAGAAGUAUUUGGAAAUCGGGACUUAUCCUGAGAAUGCAACGUUCAACCAGAAGAAAUCAAUUCGCCGUAUGUCUAACAAUUUAUUUACAAGUGGGGAAAUCCUUUAUAGGAGGACUCCAGAUUUAGGUUUUCUCAUUUGUGUGGAUGUUAGUGAAGCUGCGAAGCUUUUGGAACAUAUACAUGCUGGAGUUUGUGGUACUCAUAUGAAUGGACUCACUUUGGCGAAGAAGAUCCUCCGCGCUGGUUAUUUUUGGAUGACUAUGAAGCAUUAUUAUUGCAAGUUCAUGCAGAAAUCUUGGGUCAUGGAUGUCAUCGGUCCGAUAGAGCCAGCCACUUCUAAUGGACACAGAUUCAUUUUGGUUGCCAUUGACUACUUUACCAAGUGGGUGGAAGUAGCUUCAUAUAAGUCGGUGACCAAGAAUGUUGUAGCUGAUUUUAUUACCUACCGAAACUCAACUGCUUAUCGUCCCCGAAUGAAUGGAGUUGUUGAAGCAGCCAACAAGAACAUAAAAAAGAUUUUGAGGAAAAUGGUUGACAAUAACAUAGGUUGGCAUGAGAUGUUGCCCUAUGUUUUAUUGGGUUACAGAAUAACUGUCAGAACGUCAAUUGGAGCCACUCCAUACUUAUUACUAUAUGGAACAGAAGCAGUUAUACCUACAGAAGUUGAAAUACCUUCGUUGAGAAUCAUUCAGGAAGCUGAAUUAAAUGAUGUUGAAUGGGUUCGCAAACGGAUCGAUCAAUCAACAUUGAUUGAUUAG